AAGGAGGGUCGGGCCCCAGCGAAGGCAAUGGCGGAGAGGCCCGAGGACCUAAAUCUGCCCAACGCCGUCAUUACCAGGAUCAUCAAGGAGGCGCUCCCGGACGGUGUCAACAUCUCCAAGGAGGCCCGAAGCGCCAUCUCCCGCGCCGCCAGUGUCUUCGUUUUGUAUGCCACAUCCUGUGCCAAUAACUUCGCAAUGAAAGGAAAGCGCAAGACUCUCAAUGCCAGUGAUGUGCUGUCAGCCAUGGAAGAGAUGGAGUUCCAGCGGUUCGUAACACCACUAAAAGAAGCUCUAGAAGCAUACAGGCGGGAGCAGAGAGGCAAGAAGGAAGCUUCAGAGCAAAAGAAGAAGGACAAAGAUAAAAAGGAUUCUGAAGAGCAAGACAAAAGCAGGGAGGAGGAGGAGGAAGAAGAUGAAGAAAGACUGGACGAGGAAGAACAGAACGAAGAGGAGGAAGUAGAUAACUGAGUGGAGAGAGUGGGCAGACUGUGGCACGGUGGAAGGGACCCUGAGAUCCUGAGAUGUGUUUAAGCGAAGGCUCUCCCUGCAAGGCAGAGCCAUCUAUGGCACUGGUGCCUGAGAUCAAAAUAAAAACUGACCAGAAAGAUCAAAUCCAGCUCUUCCCAGACUCGGAGCAUCUGAGUUACAGAAACCUGUUUUGCUUCAUCAGUCUGCAGGUUAUGACUUCUUAGUAUAAGGGAUUCUGAAUGACGACAUAGUUUGGUAUUGCUUGCUUACGUAAAGUAUAUGGCUAGCUAGUUUCUGAUCCCAUUUCCUCGUCCCUCCAGAGUAAUAACAGCCAUGUUUCCUGCUGUGUUUCAAGUCACAGAGGCACUAAAGGCUUGGGGGGGCUGGAAGGGCAAUGGAGCAUUGAUCAUGGUCACCCAGUUUGACUGAAUAGUAAUUGACAAUAGGUAUUAAUGCUCAGAAUGGUUGCUCUUGAGAAAAUGACUAAAAAACCGUCAGCUUCUUCACUUGGUGGAAGCAUUACUUGGUUUCAGGCUUUCUAGACUUCCUUAGCCUUGUAGUCCUUGACUGUAGCUACUCAGCCAUCUGGGGUGGCUGCUCUCCUGUGAUAUAUACUCUUAAAUUCUGAGUGCUGGUGAGAAACUGUCAAAAAGGGGUGGCAAUUCUUAAAAGCAGGUGGCUUAAUCUUGGAGGUAACUCAGUGCCUGCUAGGAGGGCCUCAUGCCACCUCCUGGAAGGUAUAACAUUCCAGAUCCUUCUCCCAGACUUGUGGCUGCUGCUUUUCCUUUCCCGAGCUCAGAACAAGGUCCAGAGACUUUAUUUCCUCCAGGCCCAGCCUGUUCUGUUUCCAUCUCUCCGGCCUCUGCUUCCCAGCCCAGCCCUCUCCUCCUCUUAUGUCAUCUACUAGUCGAGGGACUUUGAUAACCUAUGUCAUAUUCCAAAGAGUAAGGUCCUCAGAUUCUUUAGCCCUGAUCGCCUGUCUUUUAAAGAGAAUUGAGAAACACCUCUGAACUUUAAGGUAAGAGAAAUGGUGCUCAGGGAUGAAGCACCACUGGCUGCUGUAGCGCCGCUGCUGUAGCUUUGCCGUGUCUGCUGGCCGUUCCUUUUCCCCAUUUAGUGCUCUAAGCACUGUUUCUGUCUUAGUUGUGCACUUGAGGCUGACAGGUGAUGUAAUAUAGUUGGAUACUGUUUACUAGUCAGGGGAAUACAGGGAAGAGUUUGUUGAAAGUGACUGGAGACUGUUGAGAUGAUUUUAAUGCUUUCUACAAAUAAAAACCAUUCUUGUUUAAA